UGCCGCCCCGCCGGCUUUACCGCUUCCUCGACCUUCAAUACACCUAAAUAACGUGUGAUAACUGAGGAUUGCUGUGCCUGGCUGUGUCUGCUGCAACAUUGACCAGUCUGAGGAUUGCUGUGCCUGGCUGUCUCUGCUGCAACAUUGAUCAACACAGCAACAUUGACCAGUCUGAGGGGUGGAGACAACCACACUAGUAAAUGGUCUGAAUCAUAACAUUGAGUGUUAUGUGGAGAUGCAGCAGUUGGAGACGUCGUUAGAGGUGGGCAGGGCCCACUUGUAAGAGUCUUCCUGACAACACAAUGAUCACCUGUGUUAGACUCGCAUGCACGUGAAAGUGUUGAAGAUCUUCAAGUGUUACUACUGUCCCGUACAAACAAGAAGUUGCAGUACCACUGCUAAAAAUAUAUCAAGAACACAUCCAUGGGGUCACCAAUUUAUAAUCCAGGUGAGCCGUAUAUUGCAGUAAUACCUGGAGGCUUCACACCUGGAAAAAUUGCUCAUGUUACUGGAACUUUUAAGCCAGAUGCCAACAGUUUUGUGCUGAAAUUCCAAUCUGGACCAACUGGCGAUCCUACUGAUGAAAUUGGUCUGUGUAUAUAUGGACGAGUGGUGGAGGGGUUGGUGGGGAGGAAUGCCUUCACCCGUGCUGCAGGGUGGGGGCAGGAAGAAGCGACCAGCACUCUUGCUUUUGCACGUGGACAAAAUUAUGACGUCACAAUUCUCUGUGAUGCAAUGCAGUACAAGAUUGCACUAAAUGGCCAGCACUUUGCAGAAUUCAACCAUCGCACUAAUCCAGCAACAAUGACUUACUUAAACGUUGCCAGCACGAGCCAGGAUAUCAACCUUGCAUGUGUAUGGAUUGAAGAUCCUGUUGCUGCUGCUCCUCUUCCUCCAACAUAUUCACAAGUGCCUCCUGUUGGAGGUAUGCCAUACCCACAACACAAUGCUUUUGGCCCUCCACCACCAUACUCUGGAGGUCCAGGAUAUGCUCCAGUUUAUCCUGAUCAGUCUGUAUACCAGCAGGCUGCUCCUCCAGGCCAGUAUGGACAAGUACCACAACACAACAGUGGCAAAGGGUUAUUGGGAAAGGUAGCUGGAGCAGGAACAGCUGUUGCUGGAGCCUUGGGUGUAUCUCAUCUCCUGGGAAAGUCCAAAUCGAGUGGGGGUUACCCAGGAUAUGGAAGCUACCCAGGACAUGGAGGCUACCCAGGACAUGGAGGCUACCCAGGACAUGGAGGCUCUGGAGGGAUUCUUAACAAAGCCUUGGGAAUUGGGGGUGCCCUGGGAGGAGCAUCUAUGUUGGCAAAAUCGAACAAAGGUAUGGGUGGCAAGGCAAUGAAGUAUGGUGUUCCUCUGGCUGGCCUUGGGGCUCUAGGGGCUGGUGGCUACAUGAUAUCAAAAGGCUUCCAUGGUGGCUCCUCUUCAUCCUCAGGAUCUAGUGAAGAAGAGUAAGAAAUAAAAGUAUUAGUAUUGCUUAUUUCCUGUGAUAACAGUGAGCUGAAAGGAAAUACACUGGUAGCAAGGAAUCUUUUUAAUAGUACUGUAAAAGGAUUCCCAGCAUCUUGAUUGGACUUGUUGGCUUAUGCUAUUAUUUACCUGGCAGAGUGAGCUAACAUCUGUUUAAGUUGUUAACUUAAUUUCAAUUUGAAUGUUUCUAAGAUAUAAUUUUUAUAACCUCUAAUUCUCAUUUUUAUUAAGAAUGAAUAUUACACUUGCUAAUCUGGAAUUUUAAGCUCUGCAGUGCAACAUUUAGCAAGUACAGUAUAAGCAUUUGGCCACAUAAUUGCUCCUUUGCAUUAUCUAUCAGAGUGUUACUUUCUCAACACAACCUUGUUAGCUAAAACCCAUUUUUUCCAUGUGUCCUAGUAAUGCAAAGAGAAUCAUAUAAUUAUAAACCUAUUCUACUAAACUGAAGUGGAAUAUUGAAAACUAAUUUAUAGUGAUGAACCUAUGUGCCUGCUAGACAAGUAAAGUACCACUAAUUUAUGAGGAGGAAUAGUAUUGAAAGGACAAAUCUUCAUAGUAAACUGCAGAUAGAAAUAACUAAAUAUAAGGCUCGGUUACCCUAUACCAGCACGAGGCACGCCUUCCUUUACAAUUUCCUCUUAAUGUUUUGCAAUAUAAAGGCUUGUCCUUGCAUUUUAUUCUUCAUUUUGUCCUUGUUAUACUUGAAACUUCAUUCAAGUGCUUAUAGAUAGGCUGUUAAGUGUUCAGAUAAAUUAUAACUUUAAUUACUUUGUGCAGUAAAUAGGCUUUAACCCUUAUGCUUAAUAUGGCCAAGUUAGUAAGAUGCAAGAUAGAAGGACUGUCAAAGUGCCUAGAUCUUUAGUUAUAUAUAUAUAUUUUUUUUUUAAGAGUAGAGCUGAAUCUCAUAGGCCAGUAUGACCCCAAAUGAAUCUUUACCUAUAUUUUUGGAGUGAUGCAAUAUUGUUUCUCAUAUCUUCAACUUGUAGCAUUGCCAGCAUUAUGCUGGUUGCCUUAUUGUACACGAAUGAAUUCAAAAUUCUAUGUUGGUCUGUUCUGUAUGUUUCAGAAACUGCCCUUGUAUUUAUUUAUUUACAGUAUUUCUUUAAUUGGGUCAUAAUUUUAUUGUAGUCUAGUUUUAAGUUAUACAUGUAUUAUUAAAAUUUAUUAUUAUAGUAAAUGCAAGGAAAAAGUCCAAAUAGUUGGUUGCAUGUAGAUAUAAAAAUCAUAUAAUACUGUGUAUAUAUAUAUAUGCAGAAGCAUAAGUCAUACUUUAAUGAGAAUAAUGAAAUGUGUGGGAGGAACCUAUAAAACAGAAGAAAAAGGGAUUAAUACCAAGCAAGAUGGAAUUUUUCCUAAACUAUUAGCUAGUCAGUUCCCUCUUUCACCCAUUGCAUUCAGAUAACUACCAAGCUAGUACAGCCUAAUAUUAAAAUAAUUAUCCUCUGCAAAGCGAUUAAUGCUGCAUUCUUUAUAGUAUAUGUUGAAAUUAAAACAAAAUUAGUACAUGGCAGUUUUGCAUUUGCAAAGCUGCCAUGUAAUGUGUAAUCUUAUCACUUACACAUUAAUAAUAUAAAUGAGUUAAUUUAUUAUGUCAGCACAGAGACUUAAAUGAUAUUUUACCAAAGUUUUUAUUAGAUAUGUAACCUUUGAGUACAUUAUUAUUACAAUCAAUUUCUAAUAAUUUAAUAUGUAUGGGUUAUAAUUAUGUUCACGGGUAGGUGCUAAACCCCUAAGGGUCAUUCAGUGCUUAGGAAGUAGUAGGUAAUCCAGUUUUAUCCAAAGGAGAGGGUAUAUCCAAUUCCUUGGAUAAAAAUCCCAAAUAAGCCACCCCCUUUCCCUCAGAGACUGGCAUAAUAUGAGAGAGAAAGUACAGGAGUUACAUUUGAGGUAUCUUCAAGGAUAAGGGGUCCUUGAUGAUGGUGAAGGGCUCUUGUAAGAAAUCUGGCAGUGUGUGACCCCUCUUGGCUUAGUGCUGCCCCUUGAAUAUGACAAUAAUAAAUCUGAGGAAGUUGUAAUAUUAGAUAUUAUACAUUUGUACUUGAAUCUCGUCACAAAGUGUGACAGUUCGUUUUGCUUGCUUAAAACUCCUAAGUGUUAAAUAUUAAUAUAUUUUUUGACACUUGUGGGAAAGUGCUAAACUCUAAGAGAAACUAUAGAACACUUAUGAUACGAUCUGAGCUGUAUAAUUUAAGGGCAAUUAUGUAGGUAAAAGGACACAAGUGCAGCUAUGUGACAUUUUGCUCUCCAGGAGCUUUGUCAAGCUGUUAAAAAGAAUACAGGGGGGGACACUGGUAUAUGUAGGUACAGAGUAAGGUGCAAAAUACGUAUAAUAUGAUUAUUGUAUGUAGCAGUAGCCCUUGUUGUAGUAGUUAUAUGAUGGUGGGGUUUAUUAUUUUGAGGAGAAUUCUUGCCAAUGAAAUAUUGGCAAGAAUUCUCCUCAAAACAUAAACUCUACCAUUACAUUGCUACUACUACCUACAAUGAUUAUAUUAUAUUUUGCACCUCACUGUCUACCUAUAUAUACCUGUGUGUGUCCCUGUAUUGUUUGUAACGGUUUGAGAAAGCUCCUGGAGAGUGAAACAUUGCCACAGUAAAAUGUCACAUUAGUUGCACUUGUGUCCUUUUAACCUACAUAUUAUUGGUAAUUCUACCAACAUUAUAACAUAUCAGCUGAUCAAAUGAUAUUCAUUUUUAUAUAUAACACAUCCUGUAACUGCCAAACAUAUAUAUAUUUAUGUUAUGCCCUUUUAUGUAGUUAUGGGAAAAAACUUGUUUUGAUGUACACAGUGAUACCUUGAGCUACGAACUUAAUUCGUUCCAGAAGGCUGUUAAGUGCUGAUACUGAGCGAAUUUGUUUCCGUGAGGAAUACUGUAAAUUAGAUUAGUCCGUUUCAGACCCCCAAAAAUACACUUAUAUAAUUGUUUGAGUUGGGAGCUGUUCAAAACUCGAGGUACCACUGUCUUUUGAAAACAAUGAUGUCCGAAGAAUCUCUAUUUUUCCACAUAUACUGUAUCAUGCUAUGUGAAUUAUGAUGAUCACAAAAAACAUGUGCUAUGCAAAAUCUUACUUUUAGUUUGAAUGGAGCUGGCUAUGAUAGUGUUUGAAUAUGGAAUAAAAAUGAUAAAUUAUUUCCUUAGGUACAGUACAUUAAUUACAAUAGUAGGCCAACAAUGUAUAUUUUGUACAAGGAGAAGUCAGUGGUUAUCCAUAAAAUUUAAAGCAAACUUAACCUAAGGUUAAUACUAGUGCUAGAAAAAAAGAAAGCAUAAAUUAGGCGUAUGUAAUACAAAUCUUAAGUGAAGAGGAGCACAUGUUGAAUGAUAAUUAAUAAAUGAAAUUUAAUAUUAAAACCCUUAGUAGGCCUCCUUUACACUUACAGGUUUGUAAUGUACAGUAUAUUUUAAGGAAAGUGCUAAACCCUUAAUUCAUAAAUUAUUUUUCAAUUUGCCUUAUAAAGUGAUGCCUUUUAUUAAAUUUCUCAAACUAUUAAUUAGCAUGUAUGCAUUGUUUUAAUAAUUUACUUAAAGCUGUAAUAGACCAGUAUUAAGUAUAACAUGCAUCUCAAAAAAUUAUUAUAGUGCCCCCCCCCCCCCCUGAAGAUGGUCUAAACCAUCUUUGGCUGAUUACAAAUUCUCUCUUAAGAGCAAGUGGAAACUUGCAUGUCUAUGACAGCCAAAAUAAUCUUUAACAGAAGUUUAAAUAAUAGAAAUUUUGGGAGGAUUCUUGUCAGCUGAAUGUAAAGAUGGUUUAAAAAGAUGCGUAAGGAAAUGCAGACAUUUAUAUUUAGAAAACAUCUCUAACAUGCAAAGGGUUAAAAAUAAUUAUGUAUAUACUAUGAUGAAUUUUUUUUGGGGUUACCCUGCCUUGGUGGGAAAUGGCCAACAUGUUAAAAAAAAAAUAUAUAUAUAGAGUAUAGAAAAAAAGUAAGGUGUGAGUUGAGUAACCUAAGGUCUGAGAUAAGAACUUUACAGUCUACUUGAUGCUAUUUCAAACCUUACUCAUACUAUGUUACCAGAUCAUAUCAGGUUUAUUCCAUAUGAAUAGUAAAAACUGGAAUUCAAGUACUGGUACUGAAUUUAAAGUGACCAUGCCAAAGAAUUCUUUCUUUCCUUUUGAGGUAUACAAGAAGUUUAAGAAAGUAUUGAAGGACACUGUUUUAGAUUAGCUAUUUUUGCAUUGAAACAUUUAAAACAAAGUAAAAAAGUUGUUAUAGGUUCUUGCUCCAAAGACAGAUUUAUCCUCCUCUUUCUUGGGUUAAAACCUGAAUGCCUCCAUUUCCCCAGACAAUAUGAACCCCUAUAGGUUUAGCACUUUUCCCUGAUAAACGUGAAUAUUUAUUUUACACCUUAGAGCUUUAUGUAAUGCAACUUUUAAAACUAGCUUUUUAUUCAGACUGUUGUAGACAUGCCAUUAGCUUCUAAUGCAUUGUAUACAUUAGUCAGGUUUAAUUACAUAUACAGUCAGCUCUAUAAAAAAUCCACUAUACAGAGAAGCUUUAUAAAAUAUAAUUGCAUCUUUUUCGGAUCACCCUGCCUUGGUGGGAAUCGGCCAGUGUGAUAAAAUAAAAUUGCAUCCAAUAUUUAAUAGCGUGCACUAUGAAGGCCUUUCUAUGCACUGUACAAUUUUCAGUCACAUUUAAAAAUCUCCUUUAUGGUUCAUUUUAUUAAAGUUGACUAAAAAUUAUUUUUAUAUGGCUUAAGAUCAAACUUUUAUGCCUGUUAAUCUAGUAAAUUAAAGAAAUAUAGCUACAGAUUUUUUUAUGCCUAAAUGCUAGAAAAAAAAAAUUAUAUGCCUCAGUGAUUAAAUAUUUUUGACCUUUUAUGCAUAAUAUUGCCAUGGCUCCUAAUUCUUAGUGGACAAGCUUAUAUGUGCUGCACACCAAGAGGUAGAAGUUUCUCAUUGCAUGUGCAGAUUUUGUUUUAAUCACUUAUUUAAAUAACUUGUUCAUCACCACUCAAGGAUAUGUACAAUAUUAAUGAAUCUUGUGUAUCAAUAGGCUUUGUCCAAUUAACACAAUAGUGGUGGGUGGCCAGUGGCAAUAAUAGUAAGGUAACUAUCAGAGCUACAGCAUGCCCAGCCAUAGAAUUUUAAAUCUAUUGUUAAUGGCAGCAGUAUAGUUGUGCACAAGUCCAAGGAAGGCUGUGGUACUCUGAGAAUUUCCUCAUCUUAGACAUUAUUUAAUCCUUCUUACAAAUCAACAGAUCUUGUUAACACAGUAUAUCAAUGAUUAAUGGCAAGAACUUAUUAUCUAACACUAAUAUAUUAUGAAUCUCAACAUUUAGAAAGUGUUGAUUAUUGAUGCUAGUGACUAAUUGGUCAUGACUAUUCCUUGUUAUAGAGUGCAUUUUAUCAAACUAAAUGAACUAUGCAAUUUAUAUUACGUUGUUCCAACAAUAAUAAAUAUUGAUUUGUUUCAAGUGCUAUUUUUCUAUAAAUAAAAUUUGUAAAUUCCUAA